CCUACAAUAGUUCCUGUACCUUUAACCGGAACAUAUGUUCAGGAGUCGGUGACAGUAAGAUGAGAUGUAGCUACGUGAGUGAACAAAGUGGCUAUUUCUGUCGAUGUGAUUUCGGCCACUUCUACAACACCACUGUGAGAUUGUGUGAACUGGCCAUCGGUUCCAGUUGCACAUCCACUGAGCAGUGCCUGCGGCGUGAAGGUUUUUAUAAAAUGUCCUAUUCGGUAUCUUGUCAGGACACGGAUCUUGACGGCCGAAAUGACACGUGCCUUUGUGACGAAGGUCACUUCUGGAACCUACGGGAUAGUAGAUGUGAGCUUUAUAGCGGUUCUGCAUGCCGCGAUGGUUUUAUCAACGUGGUACCUGCAUUAGCCGCUAGGCGAAAGAGGCAGUCUGGCGCGGCUGUAUCUUCUGGUUACGUUUGCGUCAUGAUUCAAGCCAACCCCAUGUCAUGGACCGAGGCAGUGGAAGGUUGUCGCUCCCACUACAGCAAUAUGUUAGCAUUGUCCGACGCUGCGUGGUCACAUGAUCCAUAUUACUCUUACACACUUUCUUCGUUGAUUCAGACUUUACGUGCUAAUAUGGUUUCACGAUAUUGGACAAGCAUGUUGUUGAGCCAAGACAGCCAAACACUGAUCUGGGAAGGUGCAUAUCCCCACCCUGUUAACUACAGUGAACAUGACAUGUGGCAGUGGUCGGACAAUCAGCCUCUCCCGCUCCAUGGUAACUGCGUUGCUGCGAGAGAAAAUUCUGAAAUAUCCAUAUACGGUCGUGUAAACCUCACCACCGAGCCAUGUGACAGCAGACUGCCCUCUGUUUGUACCCACACCCCCAUCAGACCGGAACUGAGCACAGUUUUGAAAUGCCCGGAUGGUUGGCGAGGAUCACCUGAACUUGAAAAAUGUUUGAAAUUUGUGAAACGGCCGGGAUCUUACGAAAGUGCUGAGUCUUACUGUUUUUCGGAGGGAGGCAGACUGUUUUCUCCAACCUCGUCCUUUAGCAGAGCAUUUGCUAUCCGUGGAUUUGUUUUUAUGGAAGUGGAAUACGCCAGGUUGGGUGUCACGUGUCGUGUGGAGACAUCAUUAUGCAAAUUAGCAGACGGACGUGUUGUCCAAUUGGAUCAAUUACGGUCUCUGAUUGGAGGGUCCACCCUGCCCGAUCAGUCUGGAUCCACUGGAGAGGGAUCUGGCGCCAAUCCCAUAUUGAAUACUCUCAUGCAAGAAGAAACGUGCUUGGCUUUCGACCAGAAUUGGGUUACUGGUCGGAUUUUGUAUGCAUCUACACACUGCGACGAGCCUUUGCCGUAUAUAUGUGAGUUAGAUGUGGCCGUUUCUGAAUCAGCUGUGGAAAUCUCAGACCCAGUUGUUGACAAAUUGACUGAAACGCUCAUCUACUCAGUUUCAAACUACGACCCAAACACCUUCGUGACGUUUGUGAAAGACGGUGUAGAAAAUCUUCACCGCACUCUGGUUCCGGUGAGUUCGACGGUUACCUACCCCUUACGGGUACCGCCAACGCAAUCUAGAGGCGAAAGGCAAGGGUACUACUCUAUUGAGGUUUGGGGAAGGAAGCCAUACAGACGGUAUAGCUCACAAAGAUACCUGCUGAAGUAUUCUGAUAUACAAACGUUUACCGGUACCAUGAAAUCAAGUUAUCUCACGUCAUCUCCGAAGGACAACACAGAACCAUCCCUGUAUGCCGGAGGAGUGGAACAUCAGCCGGGUGUUCGACAAACUUCCUUUGCUCAGAUCUCGAACGCCGUGAGAGGAAUAGGCAAUGCAGUUUCCAGAGAGUUUUUUGUAGAAACGGUUCUAAAAGAUGUGAGGUACGCAAAUACUGGUGGACUUCUCAUAGAUUUUCGAGCAUAUGUUCAAACAGGCCCACGGAAUAAACGAAGGGUCGCCUUGCCUGACAAUAACAUAGAUGGCGUUCUGAGUGUUUUGGAUACAGAGCUGCGAGGUGUUUUGGAGAGUUUCGGUUUUAUUCCCUCUAGUCUUCGUCUACGGGUGGAAACUUGGGCAACAGCAAGAGGUCCUCUGCCAGUCCCAGGCACCAGACGAUUAACCUUCACCAAUUGUCCAGACGACCUGCAGCGCCACACACCGUCCAAUUCGUCACGGGUCACGUGGCCUACACCGGAAGUGAUAGGUUACCCUGGGAACAUCACGAUAAAAGGAAACUAUUUCCCAGGGCAUGUUUUUCCCGUUGGAUCAACUGUUGUCACGUACACCGCCGAAGACACUGCAGGAAACAAAGCUACUUGCAAAUUUACCGUAGACGUGAAACGUAUAGUGAAAGAAUGCCGAAAUAAAAUUCCCGUUCCGGACCGUGGUACUUUACGCUGUAGGCAGCCAGCUGUCGGCAGUGAACUCUGUGACGUCACGUGCCUUUCAGUCCCUAGCAACAUCAGACAGAACCCGGAUGUACCACAGAGUUAUAUGUGUAACCCGGAGGGAAAGUGGGAGCCGCCGUUUGAAUGGGGCGCUCUUAAGACACUGGCUUGUAUUGCUCUAGAGCCACCAAGGAGUUAUAGACUCCUGUUUAACGUGGAACAUCCAGGAACCUGUGUGGAUGAUAACUACUUCAAGCCAUUUGUCGUGGGUGAGCUGAUUAAGUGGCUGAGAGACGCUGAUUUGUGUCCCGAAGGAGAUUUAAUUAAGUUAUGCCAAAGGUCACAGGUGGAGGUCAUCUGUAGGGAGGAGGAUAGAAGACGCCGAGACUCCCACGAGGGGGAACUUAUUGUGAAUUUGGCUCUUAAUGCGACUUUUACCGAGGAAAACAGCACGGAUGAGUAUCAAAAUGUUUUAGCUCUGGCCGAGAAUGUGACAAACUUCAUCGUCAGCAGUCAGUUUCGGUUUGAAUAUGGUGGAAUAAAUUACACCUUUGAAACGGGAUCGCCUGGCGAGGAAGAGACAACUUGUGGUCAAGGGCAGAUGAAGGUUCUGGACAAAUACUGCGUUAAGUGUCCACCUGGCACAAAAUACAACUCUCUCCUGAAAACCUGCGAUUCAUGUCCAGAAAACACGUACCAGGAGCGUCGGGCGCAGUCCGCGUGUAACAAGUGUGAAGGGGACAAAACGUCGCCACCAGGGUCAUUCAGUCGCUUUGAUUGUCAAGACACGGAGCAACCUACAGUGGUUACAAAUACGCAAGUUGAUAUCUCACUCAUCAUCGGCGUGACAUUCGCCGUCAUUGUGGCCGUCAUCCUCGCCGCCAUCUUGGUUUACGCGGUAUGGCGACGAUGUAGGAACAGCGAGAAAAAGGUAGAGAGGCACUCCCCGGCGCCAGUUGUAACUGACGCCCAAGACUACCAUAAUUAUGCCUACGAUUACACUGAAGCACUGCCAGCAUCGUGCCAGAGCACGGAGACAAAUCACGAUGGGAGAUCACACACGGGACCAAGGACUGAACAUACCACGAAUGCCUCGAACUCUCACCGCGCGUAUGAAGGUAUGGUGCGAGAUGGCGCUGAGCAGAAAGCGUACACUCAGUUAAGUUUGAGAGAAGAGGCAACGACACCUAUUGGUGAAUAUGAAAGUAUCUCAACUCACCACGGAGCUCAACAAAACGACUAUACUCGACUUAGGAGUAUUAGCGAGGCACAGUAACUUAGAGCCAUGUCGUAAGGCAACAUUGGCGGUUUGGUGCCUAGCUGUUAAUACUACAGUAUAUUUAGGCUGAAGAUUUAAUCAGCCGUGUUGCAAAGCUUACGGCUCGAGUAUAUCUUUCUCUCUUUCAUAUCUGUAUAUGCAAGCUAUUGCAUUUAUAUAUAGUACAUUGUAUAUCAGCUUAUUGUAUGCUUGGCGUGCUAAAGAUACCAAAUCUACGAAAAUUAGCAAAUGUUAGUUUUGUACAUUUUUAUCAAGCAUUUAAACAUAUUUUAUCUUUUGAAAAUAAAUAUAUAUUUAUCGAUUUAUGAAAUUUCAACGUGGAUAUGACUAUUGCUGUACUUCCCCCCUCUUUAAGCAUACAAUAAUGUCCUUUAUUAUGGUCUGAUGAUAUAUUUUACACAAGAGUACAACCUUACAUUUUUUA